AUGUCCAGGAUGAGUGCCAAUUUCCCAAUCCCAAAUGUGCAAAUUUACCUCCUCGACCUCAACAAUGCACUGCAUACUGGUUUAAGUACAGAUGCGGACAUCCGGGGCAACACCGAAAGUAAGACUCAAAGAAAAGAUGACGAACAUGAGAUCGAGGUCAAGGUUCAAGGACAAGAUAUGAUGGCGACGGGAGUUUCCGUAACAGAUGGCAUAAAUUAG